AUGACAUUCAUAAGCGACCUUCGGGGCUCGUGGAACGACCUCCGGGGGCCUCCUUCUUCGUCUCGACCUCCGUGCUGCCUCCUUCUUCGGUCUCGACCUCCGGGGUCUCCGUCUCGGGUCUCCGUCUCGGGCUCGACCCUCCAGGGCCUUCCUUCUUCGUCUUCGACCUUCCAGGGGGCCUCCUUCUCGCGUCUGACCUCCUGUGCGCUCCGUCUCGCUCGACCUCUAAGUCCUCCUUCGUCUCACCUUCCUGUGCCUCUCUUCUCGCGGUCUCGGACCUCCUGUGGCUCCGUUCUCGGGCUCGACCUCAGGGCCUCCUUCUCCGUCUCGCCCUCCUGUUGCCCCCGUCUCGGACUCGACCUUCGGGGCCUCGCGUUCUCGGGUCGACUUCGGGGCCCUUCCGUCUCGCGGGUCGGACCUUCGGCGGCCUCGUAUUUCGGGCUUCGACCUCCGGGGCCUCCGUAUCGGGUCCACCUCCGGGCGUGCCUCCCGUCUCGGGUCCGACCUCCAGGUUCCUCCGUCUCGGGGUCGAACCUCCGGGGCCUCGUCUCGGCGGUCGGACCUUCGGGGACCUCCGUCUCGGCGGUCGACCUCCAGGUCCUCCUCUUCGGGGUCGACCUCCGGGCCUCUGAUCUCGGGGUCGACCUCCGGGGUCGACCUUCCCGAGGCCUCCGUCUCGCGGGUCGACCUUCGGGGCCUCCCGUCUCGGGGUCGACCUCGGGCCUCCGUCUCGGUGGUCCGACCUUCGGGGCCUCCGUCUCGCGGCGUCCGACCUCCGGGUCCUCCGCCGUCUCGCGACUCGACCUUUCGGGGCCUCCGUCUCUGGUCGACCUCCGGGGCCUUCCGUCUCCAGGACUCGACCUUCCCGGGGCUCCGUCUCGGGGUCGACCUCCGGGGCCUCCGUUUCGGGGGUCGACCUUCCUGUGCCUCCCGUCUCCGGACUCGACCUUCGGGGCUCUCGUCUCGGAGUCGAAAACUCGGCGGCGCCUCCGUUUUGGCGGGUCGACCUCCUGUGCCUCUUCCGUCUCGGACUCGACCAUUCGGGGCCUCCGUCUCCGGGGUCACCUUCGGUGGCCUCCGUCUCGGGAGUCGCACCUCCGGGGCCUCCGUCUCCGGCGUCGCACCUUUCGGGGCCUCGUCUCGGGUCGACCUCCGGGCCUCCGUCCUCCUGGCAGUGUCGACCUUCGGGGCCGACCUCCGGUCGGCCUCCCGUAUCGUGCCGGUCCACCUCCGUGGCUCUCCGCUCUCCGGGGUCACCUCCAGCGUCCUCCGUCUCGGUUUUCCUCCGUCAGCGGCCCUCUUCUGGGCUCGACCUCCAAGUCCUCUUCGUCUUCGACCUCCUGUGCCUCCUUCUCGGUCUCGGCUCGACCUCAACAGGGCCUCGGGUCUCGGGCUCGACCUCCGGGGCCUCCGUUUCGGGGUCGACGCUUCGGGGCCUCCGUCUUCGGGGUCGACCUUCGGGGCCUCGUAUCGGACUCGACCUCGGGGCCUCGGUCUCGGAUCGACCUCCGGGGGCCUCCGUUUCGGGUCGACCUUCGCGGGCCUCCGUCUCGGGGUCACCUCCGGGGGCCUCCGUCACGUGGUCGACCUUCGGGGCCUCCGUCUCGGGGUCGACCUCCGGGCGCCUCCUAUCGGGGCUCGACCUCCAAGUCCUCCUUCGUCUCGACCUCCUGUGACUCCUUCUCGGUCUCCGGGGUCGACCUCCAGGGCCUCCUUCUCGGUCUCGCCCUUCCUGUGCCUCGUUUCUCGGGGACUCGACCUUCGGGGCCCUCGGUCUCGGCUCGACUUCGGGGCCUCCGUCUCGGGGGUCGGAACCUUCGCGGAGCCUCCGUCUCGGGUCGACCUCCGGGCCUCCGGUCUCGGGGUCGACCUUUUCCGGGGCCUCCGUUCUCGGGCAGUCGACAACCUCCGGGGCCUCCGUCUCGGGGUCGACCUUCGGCGGCCUCCGUCUCGGGGGUCUCGCCUCCGGGGCCUCCUUCUUCGUCUCGACCUCCAGGGCCUCCUUCUCGUCUCGACCUCCUGUGGCUCCGUCUCGGGUCUCGACCUCCAAGUCCUCCUUCGUCUCGACCUCCUGUGCCUCCUUCUCGGUCUCGGACUCGCACCUUCGGCCUCUGUCUCGGUCGAACCUUCGGGCCUCCUUCGGUCCGACCUUCGGGGCCUCCGUCCGGGUCGACCUCCGGCGCCUUCCGUUCGGGUCGACCUCGGGCCUCCUAA